AUGGCUCUAUCACUCGGGAAGAUCACCAUUCUCCUUGGUGCAGGUCUUGUUGGUUCAGCAAUUGCUAAAAAAGGAAGAUCUGAUCAUACUCCAACCGUUAAAAACCCACAAAAUGAUGCUUUAUGUGCUCAGGUUGAUAGCCUUUGGCAGGAAAUAGAAUUUCUAAUAAGAGAAAAAUCAAUCAUUUUUGUAAAUCCAAGUGGAUCAGGAAGGAAUCAUUACAAAGGCACAGAAAGUGAAAUGACAUUUUCUGGAAGGAAUCCUGAACUGCCGGGCUGCACUUCUUCUUUGCAGCUUUCUGAAAACCACCUAUGGCAGGUCCCCGCAUCAAUGGAAAGACAUUUGGUGGCCGGUGAUGAGCUAAAGAAUCCAAACCAACAGAUAUUGUACAAACUGUGA